UAAAAGUGAAGAAUCGAUCAAUAAGUUGAAUGUGGGUAAAAUAUCAAUAGAACAAAGAAGCCAUUUUGAAGAAGUGUUGAGAAAACACCAGAAUCUUUUUGCACAUGAACUCUGUGAGUUAGAUCAAAUGACGGUUGUACAACACAAAAUCUAUACAGAAGAAGGACCAUUGAUAAAGCAGUGA